AUGGAUUCUCCAUCUAAGUUAUGUGCCAAGCACAGGGAGGCAUUGAAGCUUUUCUCUCAGGAGGAUCAGAGGCCUGUUUGCAUGGUGUGUCAUGCCAUCCGGGUCCAUGGCACUCAUCAUCCGUUGUCUGUUGAUGAGGCUGUUCAGGACUGCCUAGAUAAACUGUCAACUCAACUGGCAUUUCUGAAGACAGAGAAGGAAGAAGCCCUAGACACCAAGCGGAAUGGAGAACAAGAGAUCCAGGAUAUGCUGAAUCUAAUCAGUGAGGAGAUGGAAAAGGUGACAAACAACUUCAGCAAAAUGCAAAAGUUUCUGAAAGACCAGGAGAAAUCUUUGUUGGUCCAAAUGGAAGAGCUCAACAGGGAUAUUGCUGAAUGGAAGGAACGAUUCAGUAUCCAGUUUUCCAGAAAAGUGUCACACCUCAGCAACCUCAUGGUUGAACUGGAGGAGCAGCUCCAGCACCCAGUCCUGGAGCUUUCAGAGGACAGCGGAAACAUACUAUGCAGGGCUAAGAUGCCAAUGACCACAGACUCUGUUGCUGUGUUCCCAGAGCUGAGACACAGAGUCCAGCACCUCUCUGCAAAGAGCUGGAUCCUGCAGAAGAAUCUGAGGCAAUUCACAGAGUGUCUUCAAUCAGAAUUGGAGAAAAGAAAAGUGCAGCUGACUCUUAACCCAGACACAGCCAACUGUCAUCUGUUUAUCUCUCCUGACCAGAAGACCUUAUCCUUCAGAGAAACCCCGCAGAAGUUGCCCUACAGUGCUGAGAGAUUUGACUCCCAUUUUUGUGUGCUGGGCCAGAAAGCCUUCAGCACUGGGAAGCAUUGCUGGGAGGUGUGUGUGGGAGUGGGCUCAAUGGAAGGUUGGGCUGUUGGGGUUUUUAGGGCCUCUGGAAGAAGGAAGGGAGAAAUCAGUUUUUCCCCCUCAGGAGGGAUCUGGGCUAUACAGAUGCUGAAGGGAUAUUAUGAAGCUCUCACAACCCCAGAGACCCCAUUGACUCUGAGCUACCCCCUUGAGAGGCUGGAGGUCUCUCUGGAUUAUGAAGGGGGAAACCUAACCUUUUUAGAUGCACAAAGACACACUCUUAUCUUCAAUUUCUCAGUGGAUUUCCAUGAGGAGAUCUUCCCCUUCUUUUGGCUAUGGGGCCAAGGGGCCAAGCUUACUGUGAAUCCUUGA